AUGGUGAGCAAGGCGCUGCUGCGCCUGGUGUCUGCCAUCAACCGCAGGAGGAUGAAGCUGCUGCUAGUUAUCGCCGUGGUCGCCUACGUUGCCUCUGUUUGGGGCAACUUGGUUAAUAUGAGGUCUAUCCAGGAAAAUGGUGAACUAAAAAUUGAGAGCAAGAUUGAAGAGAUUGUUGAGCCAUUAAGAGAGAAAAUCAGAGACUUAGAAAAAAGCUUUACCCAGAAAUACCCGCCAGUAAAAUUUUUAUCAGAAAAGGACCGUAAGCGAAUUUUGAUCACUGGAGGUGCAGGGUUUGUGGGUUCUCACCUAACAGACAAACUAAUGAUGGAUGGCCACGAGGUGACAGUGGUGGACAACUUCUUCACAGGCAGAAAGAGAAAUGUGGAGCACUGGAUUGGCCACGAAAAUUUUGAACUCAUUAACCAUGAUGUUGUAGAACCUCUCUACAUUGAAGGGCUGGCAAAACGAGUCGGCGCACGUCUUCUCCUGGCCUCCACCUCUGAGGUGUAUGGAGACAGCUUUCUGGUCGUUGGCCUCUCAACCGUGGGCCAAGCCCUCUACCAUGCUCCAGAAGGAGUUGAAGUGCGAGUGGCAAGGAUCUUCAACACAUUCGGACCACGUAUGCACAUGAAUGACGGGCGGGUUGUCAGCAACUUCAUCCUGCAGGCCCUCCAGGGGGAGCCGCUCACGGUGUAUGGUUCUGGAUCUCAGACGAGGGCGUUCCAGUAUGUGAGUGAUCUCGUCAAUGGGCUUGUGGCUCUGAUGAACAGCAAUGUCAGCAGUCCUGUCAACCUGGGGAACCCAGAAGAGCACACGAUCCUAGAAUUUGCUCAGUUAAUUAAAAACCUUGUUGGUAGUGGAAGUGAAAUUCAGUUUCUUUCCGAAGCCCAGGAUGACCCACAGAAGAGAAAACCAGACAUUAAGAAAGCAAAGCUGAUGCUGGGCUGGGAGCCUGUGACAAGCCACAGUGUCUUUGGCCAUCAAGAUUAG